UCCACUUGGCUUCACAAAUCUGAAAGACCCAUAACCCAUUCCUCUCUCUCUCUCUCUGUUCCUGUCGCUGUGUGUCAUUUCGUUUUUUCCCCACUUCCAUCCAUCUUCGUUUUUCUUCUUCUUCUUCUCCCUUCGAUUUUCAUUUUUCUUUUCUUUUUUUUUUCUCUUUAUUUAUUACUAUUAUUAUUCAUCUUCGUUUCUUUGCCUUAAGCUUCCUUCGAUUUUUUUCUCUCCCGUUUUCGCUGUGUCCCCUCUUAGAUCCCUCUCUGGAUCACAGUGAGAAACAGUGUUGUUGAGUUUGAAUAAAUUAAUGAAGGAGUGUUAAUGGAUGGUGGAUGUAUGGGGAAGCUGGUGAGGUGCCUCAAAUUUAAAUGAAGAAGGAACGUGCAUGGCCGCAAUUCACAAGGAAUCUUUUGAUCAUGGUUGGAUCAAGAAACCGGCCACAGUUGAGGAGGCCUACUUGGAUUAUUGUUCUGCUUUCCAUAGUGAGUGUGUUUCUGAUUGCUGCCUAUGUUUACCCGCCGCAUAGCCCCUCGGCGUGUUCGCUCUUUUCCUCCCAUGGUUGUGGUAGUGGUGCUUUUGAUCUGCCUCCGGCUGCUCAUACCCGCGAAUUGACUGAUGCGGAGGUUGAGUCCCGGGUUGUUAUUAAUGAGAUCCUGAACAAUUAUUAUAUGCACACCAAGAAACCUAAAGUUGCUUUUUUGUUUUUGAGUCCGGGUUCGUUGCCCUUCGAGAAGCUCUGGCACAUGUUCUUUCAGGGUCAUGAGGGAAAAUUCUCUGUUUAUGUACAUUCGUCAAAGGAAAAACCAACACAUGUCAGCUCCUUCUUUGUUGGCCGAGAGAUUCACAGUGAACCGGUAGGCUGGGGAAAAAUUUCUAUGGUUGAGGCAGAAAGGAGACUUUUGGCACAUGCACUUUUAGACCCUGAUAACCAACAUUUUGUCUUAUUGUCUGAAAGUUGUAUACCUGUGCGCCGCUUUGAAUUUGUGUACAACUACUUAUUAUUAACAAAUGUCAGCUUUAUUGACAGCUAUGUGGAUCCUGGUCCUCAUGGAAAUGGCAGAUAUAUAGAACAUAUGUUGCCUGAAGUAGAAAAGAAGGAUUUCCGAAAGGGUUCACAGUGGUUCUCAAUGAAACGGCAGCAUGCUAUAAUAGUUAUGGCAGAUAGUCUCUAUUUUACAAAAUUCAAGCACCAUUGCAGGCCAAAUAUGGAGGGAAACCGCAACUGCUAUGCUGAUGAGCAUUACCUGCCAACCUUCUUUACUAUGCUUGAUCCUGGUGGAAUCGCAAAUUGGUCGGUAACAUAUGUUGAUUGGUCUGAAGGAAAAUGGCAUCCAAGAUCAUUCAGAGCUCGGGAUAUUACUUAUCAAGUCAUGAAAAACAUAGCAUAUAUUGACGAAAGUCCACAUUUUACAAGUGAUGCAAAGAGAACAGUGGUGAUUACACCUUGCAUGUUGAACGGCUCGAAACGAUCAUGUUAUCUAUUUGCCAGGAAGUUUUUCCCAGAAACUCAGGAUAGAUUGAUCCAACUCUACUCUAAUUCUACAAUAUUCUAAAGUAUUUAUGUUUCUCAUCAUUCUUUGGUGAUCCAACACCAUGUGAUCCCCGGCCUCACUGUCUUGCACAUACCGAAUUGUUUUGAGAAGUGCCCAAAGGUAACUGGAAAAAUUUCUUAGGAAGACAAAGAAGCUGAUUCAGUUAAGAUUUGCUUUGUCUGGGGCUGGACGGAACUGCUGAGCUUGUCUUGUUGGAUAAUAUGCUUUUACUAUUGUACCUUUUUUUUUUAAGUAUUUAAAACAAUCAUAGAUUCUCCUGAAGGAUAAAAAGUUUUGGUAUCCUUGAUAGAGGCUAGAGAGGGAGGGAUAAGGUUUGGUUUAGAUUUUGUCUCUGGAAGCUAACUGUCACUUAUGACUGUUUUUGCAUUGGAAAUUUUUCUGCAGUCACACAUUAAAUGUUACUUGAUGAAUGGUUCAGCGGUUAUGAGGAGAAUUUUGCAAAGAAUUCUCAGUAUUUUGUUUUAGAAAUUGACAAAUGUACGGCUUUAUGGGACAAUUUUUUUCUUAAAAUUUA